AUGGCUUAAAUUUUCAUGAAAGUAAAAUAACCUAAUCCAGUAAUAUAUUAUCAUUAAAUUAGGUGUAACUUGAAGUUAGUGAUUAUAGCUUCAAAUUAAUUUAUGAUAAUUUUGAUGAGCUUUUCUAAUCAAUUUAAGAAAAUAACAAUAAUACCUAUUUUGCUUAGAUAUAAUUACAAUAACCAAUUAUGGAUUGA